GUGAACAUGCCAGCCGAGUCAUAGCACAUUUUAAUAUCAAGUUCCCGAGGUUGACAAGGCAGCCAUCCAUCACUGUACCGAAACUUCAUCCUGGAAUCUCUGUCUCGCAGACUUCUCUUCAAUCUUUUCCUGUCAAGGACUACGGAGAAGCAUAUCUCCACAUCAGAUCACGAGAAUGAUCCAUCAGACUUUCGAAACUGAAUCUACCUCCAGUAGUUAUGCAAAAUCUGAAACUGACGGUAUGCCGGAAACAGAGUCCUCUGUUUCUAGCAAUCUACAAGAUGGAGGUAGAUUGGAACCCAAGAAGAAAUUGAAGGGACUGAGGUCAAUUCGGCUUCAGCGAUUGUCAAGCAUGAGGUCAUCCAUUAAAGGACCCAAAUCCCGGAACGAAAAUAUUGAUUCACAAAGUUCAGGACGACAUUCUUCGGUAGUAAUGUCAGAUGCAUCGCCCAAUUAUAUGAAGGCAACCAACAGUUCUCAUUCAAAGGAAAGCUUCCAGAGUUCCGAAAGAAUGUUCACGAGGAAGAACUUAUCUAGAAUACCAACUUUGAAAUUGAGGAGGAGUUUGACCAGAAAGCUAUCUGGAGGGACUGAGUUGAAGAGGAAACUGAAGUCGUCAAGAUCAAUCAAGCUCACAUCUGUUAAGGGGCUGAGAUCAUCCAGGCAGGGGAAAAACCAAGGCAAGGCAGGCACUUUUAACGACAGUCAGAGUAAUAAGCAUCCAAGUGAGAAUUCUCAGGUAGUUGUGACCAGAAGAUUAAGUUUCAAGUUAAGCAGUCGAUAUAUGUUCAGGUCGAGAAAAGUUUUUGAAGAUGAAAGCUCUCAGAUAUCGCGAUCAUCGGACUCAAGUCUGCACAAAGCCACAUGUUCUUCAACUCUCAAAGAUUCCCAUUUUCCAGAUAAGAUUGAGCUGCCGCUUGAAGGAAAUGGAUCUCAAGAAGUACUGUUAACAAGGAAGGUCUGUCCGUAUACUUAUUGUUCUCUUCAUGGUGGUCACCGUGACAAUGUGCCUCCACUGAAACGUUUUGUCUCAAUGAGAAGACGUCAAUUGAAGACCCAAAAGAACACAAAUAUGGGGAGUCGGCCUGUUACAAAAUCAAAGCAUUCUGGUAAUAUAAAGAAAGGCAAUCAGACGAGUCGGAGUACCUCUAGUGAAAAUCCCGUGAAUAUUACAGCCGAUUCUAGCAAAUCUCAUCAUCAGAAUGAUAAAAGGCCAGCAAGGGACCUGCCUGUUAAGAGUCGCGACACACCAGCUUCCACUUUCAAUGGAGGAGGCUCAUCUGGAGGAGAUAAUAAAGAAAACAUAAAUUUCAGAUGUAAUGCUGAGGUGUUGCUUGGCGAAACAUCAUUUCCACAUAUAACUUUUGAUCAGUAUCUCAACGAUUCUCUCGCAGAAAAUGGGUAUGCAUUAUCUUCCUUUCCUGCAAUCAAGGAGAAACCAGACUCCAAAUUUAUUGAGACAGCAAGCAAGGACAGUAUAUUGGCUGCACGCAAUAAAUGUGAUGAAAGCACUCAGUCUGUGCUCAUGGAUGAUCGGACUGAUAUCACAAACUCUGACUUGAUGCUGCCUGAAUAUCCUGACAUUUGUGAUAAGCAUUCCAGUUUGAAAGAUGAUAGUGUUGUAGCUUGUCACGAGGUUCAUGGAGUGGAAGCCUCCGAAGAUAAACAGGAAGAAAGAAACUCAAUCCUGGAGCUGAUUGAUCCUGAAUCAUCUGGGGAAAGCUUAAAUGCCGAUGAGUACAGGAGUGUAGGAGAUCAAUCACUAGAUAAUUCAAAAGCAUCUGAUCAAACUAUUGUUGUGGAGUUAGCUUCAACGCCUGCGGCCAUGUGUUCUGCUUCCAAAAUUCAUAAAUUGGAGGAAGAAAUAAUGACCAAAGACAAAAAUAUUGAUUCAGAGUAUGGAAUGCUGCAGGAGACGUCUCCACAGAGAGAGUCUGAGCCUGCUUCCACCGCUGAUGCUUCUUACAAAAUGCCUGAAGGAGAUAGGAAGUAUAUAAAGAUGUGGCACUUGAUGUAUAAACAUGCAGUAUUGAAUAAUGCAGAAAACGGAGAAGACAGGCUUCAAUCUGACCAGGAGGAUAAGAAAGCGCAAGGGAAAGAUGGUCUUUCAUCUAAUGGAGUAAACAACUCAACUUUCCAGGAUACCGAUGAUGAAAAUGAGAAUGUAGUUAAGCUUGUGCAGAAAGCGUUUGAUGAAAUUCUUCUCCCAGAAAUGGAAAAUAUCUCUUUUGGGGGUCGCUUAAAAUCUCAAGGCAUGGCUUCAGAGGAUGAGCUCGUAGAGAAGGGUCAAGGUAAGGAAAGAGACGGGAGCACCUCAACAUCCAGAGAUUCUCCUCAAGAAGAAGCAAGGCUGAAACUUGACGAUGAUGAUGAUGAAGAGAAAGCGUCUCUGAAGACGGGAAAUAAACUUGAGCCAAAAACACCAAAGAGCUGGAGCAGACUGAAAAAAUUACUACUGCUGAAAAGAUUUGUAAAGGCGAUAGACAAUGUAAGAAAAAUUAACUUCGGAAAACCCAGACAUUUGCCUUCAGAUGCCAACCUACAAGUCGAAAAAGUUCAUCUCAGGCACCUGACGCCAGGGGAGGGAAAAAAUGUUGAGGAAUGGAUGCUUGACCAUGCACUUCAGAAGGUUAUCUCCAAACUAGCUCCUGCUCAGAAGCAACGGGUUGCACUUCUAGUAGAAGCAUUUGAAACAGUUCUGCCAUUUCAGGACAUUGAAAAUGGCCCCCCAUCCUCUGCAGCAGUUGAAACUCAAGUUACUGCAGUUCAAGGCCUUGAUGGUUCCUUAAAUCUUGGCGAGGAAGCAACAGGCAGAGAGAGGGAAUAUGACCUUUCAGCCAAACUAUUGCUCGGCAAAGCAUUCCAUUCUCACAAAACUUUCGAAGAACAUGCUGAUGACGCCAGUGACAACCCAAUGGCAGAACAGCGAGGCUCUAAUAUGGUUGAAGAGGCCAAGAACAACCCCACCUCCACAGCCAUUGAUGGAGAUUCGAUUGGAAAGCAAAGUUUUGCUGGCAAUCAUGAUAAGGAGAAGAACAACACGAUUAUUAACGAUAAUGUUUAUCUUGCAGAAACCAAAGAUUCAGUAUCGUUGUCCUCAGGCAUGCUAGCUGACAAGAUAAGCACCUCUCUUGAGGAGGCCCUAGCUAAUGAAAUGGUCAACGGAGUUUCACAAGACAUGAUAUCUGGUUCAACUACAGAAAUUCCAAGUGGUAAAUCAGAGUCACAUGGAAGAGAUUUUGAAACUGAGAAUCUCAUCCAUGCAAGAGAGGAACCUCAUUCUACGUCAAAAAGCUUAAUUCUAAAAGGAUUUGCAAGAGCAUUGGGAUCUAGUUUGGCCCCUUCAGCUUCUCCAGCUUCUCCAGAUCAAUCAGAUGAACCAGUAGCAGGCAGUGAAGAAAGUAUAGCGAAGGCUAAGCCAGAAAUUAAGAACCUUGAACAAUUCCCUCCGGCUGAAGGAACUAUGAUCCAACGAGAAAAACAGAACCACACAGGGCUUUGGUACUUGGUAUAUAGGCAUAUGGCAUCAGGUAUAGCAGCUAAUGAUUUCAAGCCGCUUGUGGAUGGAGAGGACGAGAAAGAGCAAGGAUAUGAUAAUAGUGGAAUCACAGGAAUGGAUACUUCCAUCUCUGAUGGAAGCAUACCUUUGGCAAAUCAACAUAUACCUUCAUACGAUCAUCCUGUUACUGACUCAGAAGCUGGACCUGAGCAGCUUGAAGCCAUCAAGAUUGUAGAAGAAGCCAUUGAUGCGAUCCUUCCAGAUGCACAGGAACAUUCACAUGAUGGUUGGUCAGUCACUGACAGCAAUAUUUCUGACAACUCCAAACAGUUCCAUGGAGUCGAAGGAGUCAACAGUGAAGACUUGUACCAAAAAGAAGAUAGGGUGACAUCGGAUAAUGGAAUGACCCAAGAACAAGAUGGAGAACCAGAGUUGAAGGAGGGAAACAAACCAUUAUCUAGGAGUUGGAGCAAUCUUAAAAAAGUGGUCAUGCUCAGAAGAUUUAUCAAGGCAUUAGAAAAAGUCAGAAAAUUCAAUCCUCGAGGACCUCGAUAUUUGCCGGCUGAGCCUGAUCCAGAAGCAGAAAAGGUAAAUUUAAGGCGCCAGGACAUGGGAGAAAGGAAAGGUUCAGAAGAGUGGAUGCUUGAUCAUGCACUGAGACAGGUUGUGGCCCAAUUAACCCCGGCUAGGAAAAGAAAAGUGGGGUUGCUCGUGGAAGCUUUUGAAACCGUCAUGCCAACCAUCAAAAACUGAAACUGGCCAUUUUGCAGAAUAGCUUUGUAUGGAAAAUGCAUUCAAGCUAAGCAAGUUGAAGGUUAUGAACAGGGAAAACCUAGUUGGUCACAAUCGUGCAGGAUGGUUAGACAGUUUCAACUUGCCCCAAAGUUACGAGAUAACCAAGGCCAUUCAAUAUGCCUGUUAGGAACCUUUACAGAAUGGGAAGUAAGUUGUCAUUCAGGAGAGUAGAGUUUAGUACAUAGCAAAUUCUUUCUUUUUUGCGUUCAUUUUCCCUUGUGAAUGGGGUUGGAUGUUUUGUAAUAAACUCCCUUGCAGUUACAGUUUUUAAAUACCGGGAAAUGCUUUAGAUGUAUCAUAUGCUUAGAAAUAUA